CAAGCAGCAGCGCAAGAGGGCAAGAUAGCUGUAUUUGUGAAGGGCACAAUCGUGGUGCUAGGAAUUGCGUCACCUAUUGGUUAGUAGAGUUAGCUUGAGAGUUCACUGCGACGAGGUGACGCCCGGAGUCGGCGGAAAUGGGCCGGGGACGUACCCAUCUUGACGGUUGUAAAUCAGCUGCUUGGCGAAGGGGGUUGAGUGGAAAAGAGCGACUUCGUGAGAGUCGCGGGCGCAGCGAAGCCCUUUGGGGAAUACGAGAACAGGAGCGGAGAGGGUUUCGUCGUCGUUCGGGUCCUGCAGUGGGAUGGCUGGGAGGCGGUGGGUGUGCUGUUGUAGUGGUGUGCUGUCCAAGGCGCUAUUGCCGGGUCGUCGUGUCGUCACCAAGCCACUCAACGGUCGGGAGCGUUUCGACUGUUCUCAAACAAGUCUCGUCGUUGGUCGUCGAGAAAUCGGCGGAAAAUUCGAGAUCGUCUCGUCGGAGUUUUCGGUCGGGACCGUGGUUUCGGAUGAUGCAAGGUUUGGGUUGUUGGGUCUCUGGUGGUGAAUUGCUCCGAUGCUGGCAGACAGUGUGUUGGCGGCAAGCGAAACGUAGGCGAGAGACAGUGAACGUCACAAGCGGACGGGAGUGCGUAAGCGGGUGCGGAGCGAGCGAGCGAGCGACUUUAGCCUGGGGCAAAAUAUGGGUCUUGCGAGGGAGGGAUGACUGCUACGCGGGAGCGUCGCGCAAAGGACCAGAAACAGCCAGGGGACGGAAGCGAGUGACGACGGCGAGGAGGAGGAGAGGGUGGAAGAAGAGGGGAAGAGGAGAGAGGAGGAGAGAGUAGAAAAGACGUCGGGGUUUGUUAUGCGUCCGAAGGAGGAAGGGACGACGGAGAAUGGAUGUCAGCAGGAAGAAUGAAGGGGGUG